AAUUUGGUUUCCGGUUAUAUUCCUUUGGAGUUAUGCUCUUUCUCUCAAAUGCAAAUUCUGGAUCUUGCAGAUAAUAAUUUGACAGGAAGGAUUCCUUCUUGUUUUGGAAAGUUUCCGAUUAUGGUGGACGCAACACAAUUGACCUAUGACUUAAGUGAUGGAUAUUGGGAUCAGGCGCCUUUGAUGGAGGUUGUGAAAGGGAGAUUCCUUGAGUAUGAAAGACAAACUCUAAGACUUGAGAUUAGUAUAGAUCUUUCAAGUAACAAUCUAAUAGGAUCCAUACCAGAGGAGCUAAUAUUCCUUAAGGAUUUGCACAAUUUGAAUCUAUCUUGGAAUCAUCUCUCAGGAAAUAUCCCUGAGAAAAUUGGACAAAUGGAGAAUUUGGAAUCUCUUGAUUUCUCCAAGAAUGGCCUUUCAGGAAUGAUCCCAAACAGCAUGUCAAGUUUAACCAAGUUAAGCCACCUCAACUUGUCUUACAACAACUUGUCAGGGCCAAUUCCAACAGGCUAUCAACUCCAAACACUCGAAGAUCCAACCAUGUAUGCUGGCAAUCCUCAACUCUGUGGAGCUCCACUCUUGAACAAAUGCUCAAAUGAUACACUACCUCCAACAACCGCCAACUUCAAGGGCAAUGAUGAAGGUGCAAUUAAAAGAAUGUGGUUUUACAUUGUCGUGUUGUUAGGCUUUGCAACUGGAUUCUGGGGAGUCGUGGGAACUUUGAUUUUUGUAAAAAAUUGGAGAUAUGCUUAUUUUCAAUGGGUGGAUAAUGUCCAACAUUGGAUUCUUGUGGUUAUAACAUUAAAGGUGGCACGAUUCAAGAAGAUGUUCAAUGGCAACCAAGAUGGUCAGUGAGUUAUAUAUGGAGUAUGUUGUUAUUGCUACAUUUAUUAUUAAGUUAGUUGGACAGCCCUGUGUUGCAAGAUAUAGUUUUGAAUUGGCCAAUUUUAAAUGAACACAUAAGUAUUAG